AUGAAUGACUGUGUUGGAUGCUCAGAAGAUCACUAUCCAAACAAGAACCGAACACAAUGCAUUCCAAAGUUAAUCAGCUUCUUGACGUUGGAAGAACCGCUUGGGAUGAGCUUAGCUUUUGGUUCCGUUUUCUUCUCUUUACUCACAAUUUUGUCCCUCGCCAUCUUUAGGAGGCAUCAGGACACACCGAUUGUCAGGGCCAAUAACCGGGACCUCACCUACGUUCUCCUCAUCUCUCUCCUUCUCUGUUUUCUCUGUCCCCUCAUCUUCCUCAGCCGACCAGACAGAGUGAGCUGCGUUCUCAGACAAAUGGCUUUUGGUGUGGUUUUCACAGUGACUGUUUCUUGUGUGUUGGCCAAAACCAUUACCGUUGUUCUGGCAUUCAUGGCCACCAAACCAGGAUCCAGAAUGAGAAAAUGGGUGGGGAAAAGACUGGCAAGCUCCAUUGUGUUGACUUGUACUAUUAUCCAAGCUGGUAUUUGCACUGUGUGGCUGGGAACCUCUCCCCCAUAUCCCCAUUUUGACAAGUGCUCUGUGAUGGGAGAAAUCAUUCUGGAAUGUAAUGACGGGUCAUCUGCCAUGUUUUACUGUGUCCUGGGCUACAUGGGCCUCCUGGCCAUUGUCAGUUUCAUUGUAGCAUUUUUAGCCAGGAAACUGCCUGACAGCUUUAAUGAGGCCAAAUUCAUCACCUUCAGCAUGUUGUUGUUUUGUAGUGUUUGGAUCUCCUUUGUUCCGGUCUACCUGAGCACCAAGGGGAAAUACAUGGUGGCUGUGGAGAUCUUCUCCAUCUUGGCCUCCAGUGCUGGCUUAAUGGGCUCCAUCUUUGCUCCCAAAUGCUACAUCAUUGUGUUGAGGCCUGAUCUGAACAGCAAGAAGCAGUUAAUAAAGAAGAAAUAA